GGAGUUGCCAAGUUUGUAGUGUUUGCUUGGAGAAACGGAGGAUGCUACGUCAAAAACCUGGCAACUUUGACUAUGCGCUGGAUACAGCAGACAGUAUGGCGGACAGCGAAAGUGAUCUAGAGACAGACGGGCUUGAAUCGGCUCUGGACACUUUGUGUGUCAGAAACUGCAGCGACGAGUCCACUCUAAAGAGCAAGUCUUACUGCUCCGAAUUCUGUGAGUUGGUCGAGGAGUACACAGGGCAAUGGCAGGUUCCUCUCCCUCAACUAAAGGUUCUAAGGACUGCACUUUGCAGCUUCACCAAAGCCACUGCUGCCUUCCCUGAUGACUGUCAGCACAUCUACCAUGUCCUCAGCAGUCUGGCCUUGAGCUUCUUCGAACUCAUGCUCUUUUUCAGCAAAGAAGAAUUUGUGGAAAAGCCUUUAAAGGAAAUCCUUGAUUCCUUUAAGGAGUGCAACACUCGGCUCCAGAGGCACAGGAAUAUCUACCUUCAGCAUGUGAAGCAAGUCAUCAAAGCAGGAGGCCCGUGGGAGAACCCGGUGCUGCAAGGAAUCCUGAAGGAGGCUGACCUGUCACCAAAAGACGUUGAGGACUACUUGAACUCAGAGCCGCCUGUGUUCUUUGAGCUCCGGGUUCGCUAUCUGCAGGCCUGUGAAAAAAUGCAAGAAGCAAAGGCAUUGUCUAAAAGCUGCCUGGAGAAUCCUGAGGCUGGAAAGCAAUUGUUCUUCCAUCAGGCCUAUCUGACCUGCCUCUACAAAGCCUCAUUGCAUGAACAUCUUCGGAAGGAGAUGGCAGAGAUCGAUGGCCGAGAUGCUGUGGAGAUCAUCUGCAACACAGAGAGCGUUGAAAAGGAUGAGCUUCUUCUGUCGCUGUGUAAAGCUUUCCUCACCCAGCAGCUGCACAACGGAGACAUGUACUACAUCUGGGACCUGGUGUUCAUCUGGAGCAGGCUGCAUCUCAGGGCCCAUCCCUCCAGACAAGGCUUUUUGGCUGAGUGCUUACAGUUGGCUUCUUCUGCUACUAAUGUCAGAGCCAUCUUCCCCUUCAUCAAACUUGUCACCGCAGAGCUGGGGGGUGAAGGAGUCCAGGUCUGUGUGGAGCUUUGUGCCAGAGCCUUGCAGCUAUGUGACAAGCAAGCUGACAGCGUAACCCAGUCCUUGAUCUGCAAGACCAUCGCCUUCUUGCUGCCCCACGACCUGGAGAUCUGUCGAGCAUGCGCCCUUCUGGUCUUUUGCCAGGAACGCAGCCUGGAAGCAUACCGCACUGUCUGCCUGCUUUACAUGCAUCCGGAUCAGGAGCAGCACCCCCACAGCAACCCAGUCCGGACCUGUGUGCGCUUCCAUAUUCUUCAGAUGCUCAAAGAGCGUCUGUGUUUUGACCCUGAGUUCUGGAACCUUCUGGCCAUAAGGACCCACUGCCUCGAGCUGAUGAGUGACAAGGUCAUGAAGGCAGCAGUUCUAAAUGAAAUGAAGGAAGAAGAGGAGAAGGAACACAGCGAGGAGCUUUCAACAGAUCUUCUUUUAAAUGACUCAUGUACUCAAGGUUUGAAUUCCUGCUCAUGCACUGAAGCUGCAUCUGUGAACCAAGAGCAUCCAGAACAGCAGACUAAAGAGGCAAAGACAAUGAAGCAUGUUGCCCCGUCGUCACAUAAAUCUCUUUUGAAGAGAAGGAAAUGGAGGAGAGUGCUGCGGAGGAAGAAACAACCCGUAUCUGAUGACGAGGCUGAAGUUGGUGAUGAUCCAGAAUUCAAAUACAAUCUGAAAUCCACUUCUUCAGGCCAUAAGACCAUGUAUUCACUGAGACGAAAUCACAAAAACAAGGAAAAUUCUGCAGCAGUUAAAUUACCUCUGGACCGAAAGAGAGAGUACUUGUCUCGAUGUGUGAAAAGCCAAAUUUUGAAGCGUAAAGGUCGAAAAAGAUGGAUGCCAGGUCUGUCGAGACUGGAGCAGGUACAGGUACAGGUUAAGGUGCAGACUGUGAACGUGACAGGGAAAAAACGGGGGAGAAAGCCUUUAAUGAGACUAGAACUCUCUUACCCUGAAAACGAAAUUGCAAUAACAGAGGAGGAGUCAGGUUUUCAGAAGAAGCUGGAAUCACCCCACCAGGAGAACGAAGUCAAACCGAGAAGUGAGCAGGAAGAGAAGCUGCUCGAGGUGAUGCUUGAGCCAAAGGUGGAAAACGGUGUUGGGGAACACACAGACUUUGAGUGUAGUGGUAGCUUCAAUGAACAACCUUGUGAGGAAACUGUCGCCCAGUUUGGUUCCAAGCUCGUUGAAGGUCCUCCUUGUGAACCUCAAGCGGCUGUUGAAGCUGAACCUGAGCUUGACGGUCCUCCCUUAGAGUUAGUUGAUUGCCCGAUAGAGCAGUUACACAGCUACUCUCUUAAAUCCAAAUUACCAGACAGUGAGCAACCUCCAGAAUCUUUUGCACCCGAGGAGCCUAGUGAGGACAUGGAAACGACGCCGCAACCUAAAGAGGAAGUAGAGGUGUUGCAGAAGAAGGUUGCAGCCAAGAGAACGUGGAGGGAAAGAAUGCUCCGCACGCAACAGUACGCUCACUUGAGCUUCCACUGCAAACUGUGCCGCAAAGACUACAAAGGCCUGAAUGUAAUGAGGCAUGCUCUGUCACACCUGAAAAGAAACAAGUGUGUACUUUGUGGAAAACGCUUUAAACAGCUCUCCUUCGCCAAAAAGCACGUUCUGGACCACAUAGAUGAAAUGUGCAAGCAGAACCUCCCUGACGGCCAGCCGUGUGCCGAGGAAACCCCAGCUGAAAACGGAAUCGUAGGAAACGUGGGAAAUCCAACCGAGCCUCAGGUCACCAAAAAAGUCAAGACGAAAGUAUCAGAAAUGGAGAGGGAUGUUCGAAUCAUCAGGAACAUCCGCACACUCAUCAAAAAGACAUCCAUGCUUCAUAAAAAGAGCAAGAACCCAAACCUAAAUAUCAACGAGCUGGUGGACUUCAAGGCCGAGCAGGUGAUCAUUCAAGAUGGCCUGGUGAUCGUCAAAGAUCAACCCGUGAUAGAGAAAGAUGGAAGGGGAGAGGACGAGGGAGAUGGAGAGGGAGAUGGAAAUGGAGAGGGAGAGGGAGAGGGAGAGGGGCAGCCAGCAGGAGAGAACGGCUUGGUUGUAGACAUGAAGUAUCACCUGUGCCCCUCAGAGUCUUGUGAUCGAGUCUUUUUGAGGAUCAACAGCACACUUAUGAGACAUGCUGUCAAGUGCCACAUCAAAGAGGAGGGGGUACUGGAGAAGGUCUUUGUCUGGUCCAAACACAAGUGCACGCUUUGCCUUAGGAAAAUGCAGUUCUUCCAGCAAUAUAAGGAGCACAUGAAGCAGCACGAUGAUCCUCUCCAGUACUUCUGUUACCAUCAGGACUGUAACCAGCGCUUCUUGACACAGCAGGAAUUGAAGGAACAUAUCUCCACCCACACUCCAAUCAGGCCUCAAUGUCCAUUCACAGCCUGCGAGAAGCUCUUCCAAAGCCUUCAGUGUCUCUACGACCACGAGUGGCGACACUACAUCCCAACCCCUCAAAGAGACGAGCUGGAGAUGGGCCCCAGUCGACAGAGGGAAAGUGCCGAAGCACCGUGGAAGCAGAGAGUGAAGGUAGAGGAGAUGUGGCUGCAGAGUAAAACGGAGCAGAGAGGGAGUCCUACGAUUGAUUCUGUUGAGGCUUCUAAUUCUGAGAAUUGCAAAGAAAUGACUCAAACUGAAGGUCAGUGUGAAGAAGUGUAUCUAACAGUAGUCCCAUGCAGCAGUCAAGAGCUGUUACAGUCUGAAAACUCUGUCCAGAACAAUCCAGUGGAUGAGAGCCAAGCUGCUGUUAAUGGGUGUGUGGAUGACCGAGGAAGUGAAGGGUCAAAGGGAAAGAACUGUGCAUCCUCUACUGGUGCCCCUGCUGCACCUCGAAGUAGGAACUGGCGAAAAAAGAUACCAAUUGAAUUAGACCCCUUGAAUGUCAAAAACCGCGACGGCGUGUCGAUCACAGAAGAGGUAAUUCCGGAGAAACUGGGAGAGCCUAGCAUAACGGAGCACAAAACAUUCAAACCUGUGAAAGUCCCUUUUGUUCGGCCACCGCCUUCCACCUACCUGGAUGAAUCCAUUACCUCAAUGCGCAAGAGGAGGGCUGUAGAGGAACCUGCUCCAAAGAAAACAGUCUACUGGAAGUACAAGAAGGUCCCUGCACAGGAGACUCACCCGAGUGCAAAAAAGGAAUCUCCUGAGCAGAAGACGAGACAUCGCUGUGACAAAUGUCUUUCUUCAUUCGGGAGUUUAGAAGAAUUACAGAAACAUCAGGCGCUCAACACCUGCUCUUCACUCUUCGGCUUUGAUUCGGAUGAUGAAAGUUAGUGGAGAGCUUAAAGGACUGACUCAAGAGAAUCUUCCACCAGGGUCAUGGCAAGAAUUCAAGACAAAGGAACACUGAACUGCUUACUGGAUUCUUGCUAACAAGUGUGUAAACAGAGGAGACAUAUGUGCCAAAAUGAGUAUUUAGAGGAUUUUUUUUACGUCUUUAAUUUAAUUCACAGAACCUUCUCAAGCAAUAUUUUUGACAUCAUGACAUCAAUUUUUUUGCCUCAAAACAUUGUCUUCUUCGCAAUUUAUUAAUCUUCAUCAUUUCUGAAUCCACAUUGUGUCAGUGUAUGUCCACACCAAUUCAAGAAUCAGUUACAAAAACAAAUGUGUUCCGUCAAUCUAAAAAUCUCCAAAAAAUGAUCAUUGGUAUUCUGGAAUAAACAGAACAGGCAUCUACUUAUAGAAACAA